AAAAAAAAAAGAAGAACAAAGCAAAAUAAAAUUGCAAAUGAAACGCAACAUUAACUCGAUGAUACUCUUUAAUACGUUAAACCUACGUACACAUACGCAUUUGAAUAAUAAAAAAAAGGUGUACUUUUGUAAAGUACUUUCAUUUCAAACAUUAAUUUUCAUUCAAAUACGUUAUACCUUUCUGAACGUAAACUUACAUAUACACAUGAUCAUGUGGCGAGUAGCGUAAGCCACUGAUCCAAGUUACUCGCGUCUUAACCAGAGAACACCAGGAAUAUCUCAAUUCGCGCUACGAAACCGUGAACUAACAACGCAAUAAAACGUUGGCACCGAAUCACUUUUUCUCCCGAUUCUUCCAAUUUUCCUUGUUGAUCUCCAGCAAAUUUGCGUGAAACGCGUAGGCGAAUUAACACAUUCUACCUAAUUCGCUCGGACGUAAACACCGUUCGUCGUUAAACACAGAGACGUCAAGUAUAGAGUACGCGAGUCUCUCCGCCAUAUAAGAUUGGUCAUGACCCAACGCUUUUGUCCUUAAUUGGUGAUUUUUAUCAAUAUAUCAACAAGUAACGCACGUGAGCCGAGUGUUACUUAAUAAUUAUAAAAUUGGACGAAGAUGGAAAUUUCAUUGGCGCCAGAUGUUUGCCUUAAGAUUUAACGGGAGACACAUCAAAUGAUAACAAUUUGAAAGCGAUGAAAAUAUGCUGAUAGGGAGGUAGAACCGCGUUUAUGCCCGCGGUGUAUGAACAUAAUUGCCGCGAGGUGCACGAUCAGUGCGUAACACGGCUUCUUCAAGUCAACUGCUUUGCCUUUUCCCUUCCAAUGCAAUUCUAAUGUUGCUGUGAAGUGAUCGAACGUACAAACCCGAAUUAUUUAACUGGCAGUGUUAAGCAUCGGUAUUAUCGGCGAAUAUUUUCGAGAAUUCUGAUUCUUCGCGCAAAGAAAUGCCUGCUACCACGAAAGAGUCUAUCCCGUUGGAGGAACUUUCGACGUCUAAGAAGGAUAAUAGCAAAUCGAGUUGCUCGAUAGUCAAAUAUAUAACGAUAAUACAUUGGUUGCCAAAAUACUCUCGUUUGGAUGCCGUUUCGGAUCUCGUAGCUGGAUUUUCCCUAGGAUUGACCUUGAUCCCUCAAAGUAUAGCAUACGCUGCACUCGCAGGUUUAACUGCUCAGUAUGGUCUUUAUUCGUGUUUAAUGGGCAACUUUGUCUACAUCUUUUUGGGAACGAUCAAAGAAGUAUCGAUUGGUCCCUCGUCUUUGAUGUCGCUACUUACCUUCGAAUAUACCAGAAACAUGCCAGUGGAUUUUAUCGUGCUCUUUUGUUUUCUCGCUGGAUGCGUACAAUUGCUGAUGGGCCUGCUACGUUUAGGCUUUCUGGUAGAUUUUAUAUCGAUGCCAGUCACGUCAGGCUUCACUUCGGCUACUUCAAUUAUUAUAGUCGUAUCGCAGUUGCAAGGGCUAUUAGGAUUGAAGUUCAAAGCGCACAGUAUUGUCGACAAUCUGAGCAAGAUAUUUCAAAACGUGCAAAACGUACGAAUACCAGAUUUUCUCCUUGGAAUUUGCAGUAUAGCGUUCCUUCUGUUCUUCAGACAACUGAAAGACAUCGACUGCUGUUUCGGGAAUGACAAUGAUCGAUCAAAGGAGAAACGUAAAAAGACGUGGCUGAAGAAGUUCUUGUGGUUUCUUUCCAUCUGUCGCAACGCUUUGGUCAUCCUGAUUACUUCGACGAUAGCGUUUUAUUUCGAGAAGACAGGAUCCUCGCCGUUCAUUCUUUCAGGAAAGAUACAGUCAGGACUUCCCAAGCUCUCUGUACCUCCGUUCUCGUCUCAGGUUGGAAACGAGACCUACACGUUUCUAGACAUGUGCUCCCAUUUAGGGUCAGGCAUAAUCGUACUGCCUCUUGUCUCGGUGUUGGCAAACGUAGCCAUUGCUAAAGCAUUCGCAAGUGGUAGCAGCGUAAAUGCGACGCAAGAGAUGUUAACGCUCGGUUUGUGCAAUAUAUUCGGAAGUUUCGUUUCGUCGAUGCCAACUGCCGGAGCGUUCACCAGAAGCGCCGUAGUUUCCGCCAGCGGUGUACGAACGCCUAUGGCCGGUAUAUACGUCGGAAUGAUGACGUUACUGGCAUUGAGUUUCUUGACACCAUAUUUUUAUUACAUCCCCCGUUCCACUCUUGCAGCGGUAUUGAUAAGCGCGGUAAUAUUCAUAAUUGACUUGAAGAUAAUACGUCUGUUGUGGAAAGGAUGCAAAAGGGACGCGGUUGCAGCGAUAGUGACAUUUCUAGUUAGCGUGAUAUUUGGCGUCGAAUUAGGACUAUUAGUCGGUGCUCUAUUCAGUUUAAUAUUCUUCCUUCGAUCGCCUGCUAGGCCAAAAAUCGAAGUAAUUCAAUGUAAGACGCAACUUGGAAACAAAUAUAUAGUACUUAAACCAGACACUGGAGUAUUUUAUCCAGCUGCAAAUUACUUUUGCAAUAAAGUGAUGAAAAUAAUUCACAAAUACGAUGAAAAUAACGUGCCAUUUAUUAUCAAUUGUGAAAGGAUGCGAAGUAUCGACUAUACAGCGAUCAAGGGUAUUGAAAUAAUAUCGGCGAAUGUCAAUGCCGAGAAGAAGAGGUUAUGGUUCAUGAACGUUUCUUUAAGGACGUUUAAUAACUUCGAAGCUUUCGCGAACAAUAAACAUUUUCAUUUUAUCGACGAAGAGGAUAAAAUAUCUUCCAUCUUUCACGACGGUCUUUUGAUAAACAAUGCAGAUGAAGUGAAAGAACAACUUUUAGAAAACAUGAUAGGGCAUGCAACGUUCACGUGUGCCAAUGAUAAUAAAAAAGGUGCUGAAACGCUUCCAAAACUCGUGACAAACUCUGGAGAUGACGGAGAAGAAGUUACGUUAAUGUUGACGCCUUCGCAGGAAACGAAACAAACAUGAAAAAUGUCGUUCUUACAAUUAGUUACUCCCUGAUUUACAUUAAUAUCUUGCAAACGCGAUAAUUUUAACAUGAAACGAACAUCAAGCGAAAUUAGCUAAAGAUGUGCCAACAUCCUUUAAUGUAUGUAUAUCGCAUAUUUGAUAUAACUUUCAGUUUUAAAAUUCGAUAAUAUCAUCAACUUGUUUAAUACUGGAACAUUUUCUAUUGUUGAACUUACUGAUAUGAUAUUGGUAGUAAUAACAAUGAUAAUGAUACAGCAAAGUUGAAAUAGAUCGCUCGUUCAAAACUAUUGCAUAAUUAUAUUAUUGCUAUUAUUUUAUCAUCUUUUUAUCGCUUGAAGAUCUAUGAAAAAAAAAAGAUGUUUAAAUUCAGCUACGUACCUAAUCAAUUAUACAAACACAAUACAAUGUAAUAUCGAUGAGGCGUGUAAAGUGUGAUGAUAAUGAUAUAACCACGAAGAGUAUGCAAGAACGAAUCGAAAACCUGUUUGCGUUCGUCAAGAAUGAAAGUAAAAUUUAUCGAGAAUGAUAAUACUCGAAAGACCAUGAUAGGAAAGAUUUUAAUUAUGGAACAAUAGUUUUAAUUUACUAUUGUAUCGAUGAUUACAUUUGAGAUAUGUAUGUACAUCUUGAAAGGAGAUUAAAAAAUACAAUGUCACGAAAGUGUACCGGCGAUUCGUAAAUCGCACGACAGAUUCAUAGAUAAUAUAUUACAUGGAAAAUCAGCGUAAUAAAAUAUAGACCUUAAGUGUGUAGUGUUUUAUGUUUUGAUAAUUGUUUCGUUGAUUAACAAUUCAGUUAUAAUGAAAUUCCCACAUUGAUUUUAUCGUUGCCUCAAUUAUCACAGUUAACUGUGGUUUAAAAAUAUUAAAUAAAAUAUUUUACGAUUAAAUUCAAAA